AUGACAGCCUCCUUGGUUCUAAACCCUCGCUGGCCAGCGGACACGGUGAUGUUUGUGUAUGACAACAACCUGGACGACCUUAACAAGAACAUGGAGGGGCUGGUGGGCAGCGGCAACUUCGCCGCCAGCCAGUGCCGCAACAUCAUGGCGCACUCUGCGGCCGCCGCUGCUCUUGGCGGCCACGCGUCCGGCCUGGUGCACUCCUCUGCGGGCUACCCUUCUGUGGAUGUGUCCGGCUCGGGCUCCAGCGAGACGGGGGCGUCUUCGGGGAAGCCGUGCUCUGCCGGGCCGUGUCCGGCCGCCGUGUCGCACCAGAGCUCCUCGGCCGCCGCCGCGUUGCCGUACAGCUACUUCGGUAACGGGUACUACCCGUGCAGGAUGGGGCGGGGUUCUGUGAAGUCGUGCACCCAGGCUGCCGGAGCCGCACUCAGCUCGCAGUAUAUGGACACCACGGUGAACUCGGACGACUACGCGAACCACCGAGCCAAGGAGUUCGCCUUUUACCACGGCUACCCGAGCCCGUACCAGUCCAUGGCGAGCUACCUGGACGUGUCGGUGGUCCAGACGCUUGGCGCCGGGGAGCCGCGCCACGACACCCUGCUGCCCAUGGACAGCUACCAGCCCUGGGCUCUCACCAACGGCUGGGGGGAGAUGUACUGCUCCAAGGACCAGGGGCAGGCUGGACACCUCUGGAAGUCCGCUCUGGCUGAUGUGGUGGCUCACCAGCACGACGGCUCGCCUUUCCGCCGGGGUCGGAAGAAGCGGAUACCGUACACCAAGCUCCAGCUGAAGGAGCUGGAGAAGGAGUACGCCGCCAACAAGUUCAUCACCAAGGACAAGAGGAGGAAGAUCUCGGCCGGCACCAACCUGUCGGAGCGCCAGAUCACCAUCUGGUUCCAGAACCGGAGGGUGAAGGAGAAGAAGUUCGUGGCCAAAGUGAAGACCAGCGCUCCGUAA